GCAGCUGUUCACGAGCCAUGAGCGGAGGAAGAUGACGGAUUCAUCGGUCGCGGAAGGACACGUUAAAGUCAGAGACGGCAAAAAGUGGAAAACUCGCUGGGUAGUCCUCCGUAAGCCCUCACCGGUGGCGGACUGCCUGGUGCUAUUGGUGUCUAAGGAGCGUGGUGUAAAGGAGCGGAGCAGCGUGGUUUUGGAGCACAUCUGCGGUCUGGAGACAGGAGGGAGCAGCGAAGGAGUUGCCUACACUCUGACAAUCCUCAGUCUGAAUCAGAUUGUUCAGCUAGGGUUUGAUAGCAAGGAGGCACUACUGGCUUGGGACCUUCGUCUUCGCUACUAUCUAGGGGAAGUACACAGUUUUAAGGUGACAGUCCUGUCAGGUACCAAGCUGGAAACUGGUCUGGCCACUCUUCAUCUGUGCAACAAUCUGCUCGUCAUUGCCAGGGACGUCCCCCCCGUUAUCAGCGGCCAGUGGAAUCUCCUGGACCUGCGCAGAUACGGCCCUGUCCCCAAUGGCUUUGUGUUUGAGGGAGGCACUCGCUGUGGUUACUGGGCUGGUGUGUUCUUCUUAUCCUGUGCUGAAGGAGAGCAGAUAAGCUUUCUAUUCGACUGCAUUGUACGCGGCAUCUCCCCUUCCAGAGGUCCCCUCGGAAUCAAGCCACUCCUGCCAGAGCCCAGUGCCAGUGCAGCUUCAGCAGAGGAGCGACUAAACCAAGAGGCUGAAGAGUUGGAGAAGAGGCUUAGUCUGCUAUCUCAUAACACAGCAUCCACCUCGAGUUUCAGUUCUUCAACAGCCGGAGAUGACCGCAGCAUAUCCGGGUCCUCUGACUCUGAAACCAGCCACUCGGAUUCCAGUAUUGGCAGCCGACUAACCAUGUGGGUGGAGCCAGUCCCUAAUACCGCAGCUGAGUCCUCUAGAACUGCCUCUCACGGAGAGGAGAAACUGCCAAUUAAUCCAGCCAGUGGACCAAGACUGCAAUCAAAGCCCGCUGUCUCACGGAAGCUUCAGGAAAUUGGCCGUCAGAGCUCCUCAGACAGCGGCAUUGCCACAGGAAGCCACUCGUCCUAUUCUGGCAGCUUUUCAUCCUACACAGGCAGCUUAGACACAGGGAGCCCCAGAGACGAGUACGGCACUCUUCUCACCUUACCGCCGUUCUCUAGUCCUGAAAAGCAUCUGUGUUCGUGUCCGGUCAGCCACACCCACGAGUACCAAGUGCCUUCAUCGCUGCGCUACCUGUACGACACACCCCGCAGUCUACUCGAGGAGGCUAGAGAGCAGAAAGAAGCUGCCGCGGCCCACAAACAGACCGAGGAAACGGUUAAAGAACGGACUGAAGCCGUAGCCGCUGCACGCUCUCCUUCCGGAUCUCCUGGUGACUAUGGGGCUCAGGGUUCGUCCAGCACGGACACACACUCCGACUGCCCGAUUUGCUGUCCGCAUCUGACUUCGUCUACGAUGUUGUUUACGACCUGCCACGUCUGUGGUGGUUUAAAGAGAGCACCCUUACCUCAGGCAGGAGCUUCACUCCAGCACGGCGUGCCAGCAGGUGGAAAAUCAACAGGACUCAUCACUGAUGCAUCAACUCAUACCACCAAUCCAGAGUGUAAUCCAGAACAGGAUUUGUCGAAACAACCUCUGUCAAGUUCAGGGGCUGACAAUAAGCUGCAAGAGGGAAACUAUAUGGACAGUUUGUCUGAUCUGUUAGGACAUUAUUCUUCAAGGAGGACUGUUUCCGUGUCAGUUAAACCAAGCCUGUUUGAUCCAGUAGGGUUUUCCUGUCCUCCAAGGAACAAUAGCCGGGGAUCAGGCCGAGCUGGUUCAUACAUCCCAAUGUCCUCAGCAUUAGCAUCACCUCAGUUCCCUUCAUCCUACCAAGUUUUUCCUAUCAUUCCUUCCCACCAUACUUCUCGCUCAACAAUCUAUGAGAACUGUCUACAAUGUAGAAAAGGUCAGGGUGGCUGCAUGCUGCCCAAGGCUGUUUCUCCAGCACGUAGUAGCUUGCUCAACCCAUUUGGAUGGAAGCACACUGGUGGGCAAUGCCAAUUUCCUUUUCCCCAAGACCUGAGUGCUAGUUCCUGCGAAUUAAGCUCAGAUAUUCCUCCUGUGGAAGGACCAACUCAUCUUCCUACACUCACCUCCUUGCCAACCUUACAGCCUAGCACUGGAGAAGCAACAGAGGGAGAUAAGAAGCAGAGAAGUCAUGCAGAGAGAGGGAGAAUGGAUCCCGCUGACGAGAUCAUGGAGGGCCAAGCCACAGACCGGAGCUUAGAGUUCGAGGAGAAGAGCAGAUAUGAGCUGAUAGGUGGCUCUGGGCAACAGAGGAGCACUGACGAGUCUGAAGAAGUCUCAGGGGUGAGUGAAAGGCAGAGAGGGGGAGUGACCUAUGUAAAUAUUCCCAUCAGCCCAGCGUCCAAAAAGCAGCUGCACUAUAUGGAGCUGGAGCUUCAGGAGCACGGCCUCACAAUCAGAGGAAAAGAUUCAACAAAAUAUGCACAAAUUGACAUUACUGCAACAGAGACUGCACACAGAGUGGGUACCCAGCAUGCACUGGAGCGGGGGGCAGGACUUCAGAAGCUGGAACAAUUGAAAAGAGGAGGGGCACCUCAAUGAUGACAUAAUUUUUCACCUAAUUAAAUAUUGCUCUUUACCGUGCUAACAGUGAUUACAAGAAAAAGAAGGAGGCGUUUUGAAAAAGUGUUUCUCAGAACAUAAACAGUGUGGAAUCUUUAACUGAUAAGACGGCCAAGAUCGUCCCUCACACCAUGUGGACGGCAUACAGGUCCGGGUUAGAGGCUUCAACUCAAGAGUCUCAGGCCAAGCUAAACCGAACCGAACGGAUGGCAUAAUUACAAGAAAACCUGAUGGAACUCAGGCAUCCGAAGGUCCAGUUUCAUUAGCUGGCGCUGUGUAGCGAUGAGACUGUCAUCAAGUGGGUUUUGUUGUGUGGGUGUGUGCGUGUGGGUGGGUGUGAGCGUGAUAAUUUGAGCAUUAGAGCUGUGAGGACAGACCGUGUGAACACGGCUGAUUAUAGAUGAGUCACCAUACACUCAGCUGCCUGCAGCAACAUGUCUCCUUUUAAUUUGCCUUUAAUAUUCACCCUUGAUCAAUUACAUACAGUAUUGUCGCUUAAUUAAGGAGCGGACGUCUCUGAAUACACAUCAGAGCUGCAAGUACGGAUCUUUUUACACUGAGCAAAAAAAUGUAAAAAUUUAAAAUGGCAGAUCCAUAUGAGGGGAUUUGUGGCUAAAAGGUAACUCCUACUUUUUUUUUCUUUUUUUUUUUUUACUGGUCGUUAAAAUAGCAACAGUAUUUAUAAUCACACACACAUACACAAACACACAUGAGUUCCAAGGCCACAAUUAAUGUUCCUUUUUUGGAUUUCGUGGCUGUGAAAAUUAGCUGUGUAUCUUUUUUUAAAUGACUGAAGAACAACUGUGCGUACACCGUCUUGGGCAUUAUUAAACACUCAGGCGAUUUGAACCAUCUUUUGAAUAUUGUAUAUUUCUUCUCUUUUGUUUUAUCAGAUUUAUACCAUGAUUUUGUAGUACAAUUAAAACAGAGAACUUGC